GAAAAAGAAAUAGUUUCUAAUUACAGCAACCUUCUAAAAACGUGUACAACAACAAACAAACACCCCUCUUUCCAAGGCUUAAACUUACACUUAACCUCUAAUCUCUUCUUCUUCCUAAUCUUAGUUUUUUCUCCCCUAUUUUUCCUCAUCAAUGGUCUCCUAAUUAUGGCGAUUCGCCUUCGAAAACUCUUACAAUCCUUUACUUCUUCAUCAACUAUUACAAACGUAACCACUAAUACUACUACAAUCUCUUGUACAGAAUUUUGUAACCCUACAUGUGGUGUUGAUUUUGAUGAAUGUUACACAACCCGGACCCAACCCGGCCCGCUUCCGUCGCCACCACCACCACUAUCUUCUUCGACAACGAUCGUGGCAACCCCGUCGUCCACCACCACCACCACUCAUGAUGAUUUCCACUUACCACCCUUUGUGAUCAUUAUCAUUAUUGUACUAGUAGGUGCAUUUCUUUUGGUAUCUUACUAUGCAAUUGUUAUUAAGUCUUGUAUCUUCUGGUCACGGUUAUUAUCAAGAAGACAAAUGCCUCCGCCGCCGUCGUCCAAUCUACCACCGGACGGCGGCGGCGGCGACCGGGGUGAUCAUGGUCAAACCGAUGCCGUCUCUAACGUGGUUGACCACCCUAUAUGGUUGAUCUCAACCAUCGGGUUACACCAGUCAAUAAUCAACUCGAUAACCGUGAUUCCGUACAAGAAAGACGAGGGCGUGAUCGACGGUAGCGAUUGUUCUGUUUGUUUAAGUGAGUUUGAAGAAGGUGAAACACUUAGACUUUUACCAAAAUGUCAACAUGCAUUUCAUAUUGAUUGUAUUGACACUUGGCUUAGGUCACAUACCAAUUGCCCGAUGUGUCGGGCGGGUAUUAUGAUAUCCGAUUAUAAUAAUAAUGAGCCGGGUUUCGGGCGGGCCGGGUUCGACUUUUUGGAUGAUUCGGAUAGUAGUGAUGUUGAAUUAGGUGUAAUAAUCCAAGAUGAAAACAGGGGAGAAACAGGGGAAAUUGAGGUUGAGAUUGAAAUUGAUCAUCAAAAUAAACAUGAAAAUGAAAAUGAUGUUCAUCAUCCUAUUGCAUUACUUGUACGGAGGUCUUAUUCUAUGGAUUAUAGAAAUGUUAAUAUGCAACAAAACUCGAACUCGAACUCGGUUGCAUUAGUGGGUAGUUCUUCUUCAAGACCAAUCAAAACUCCAAGGGUUAAUGGAAUUAUGAAGAGAUCAUAUUCAUGGAGUGAAAUGAUUUUUUGGUCAGAAAACCAUACAAGUAUAUUACCCUAAUUUAUUUAUUUGUUAUUAUUAUUUUACUUCAUGGUAAGUUUUUAUAUUUUAUUACCUUAGAUAAAUUAGGAUACAGUCUUGAUAGAAAAUUAGAGAGAUCAAAUUUGUGUGGCUUUGAUCCACAUAAAUUAGUGGAGCGUUUUUCUUUUAAUAUAUAAAUAUUUUUCCACCCAAAAAAAAUGUAAGGUGGGAAGUUGGUAAAUGUACAUAUUUGUAUAGAAACCAUGUUUUAAUGAGAUUAUAUCCACCAUAAUUCGGCUUCAAAUGUUUUGUGUACGUAAUAU